GGUGGCUAUAUUGGCACCGUUCCUGCUAGGUCGAGUCGCUUCCUCGCGCGGAGCUGGAUCUAAGGAGCGGGCUUCCGAGGGCGGUGCGGGUGCAGGAAGCCGAGCGAGGCUGCCGAGAGCGAGCCGGGGGCCGCGGGGCUGCAGUGCGAUGAAGCAGCGGCUCAGGGAGCGGAGGCCGGCGGUGUGGCUAGACGGGCCGGCCCGGGGCCGGGGCUGCUGCUCCGGAGGCUGCUGAGGCGCCGCGGCGGCCGGCGCGCAGAGCGGCGGGCAAGAGGGAGGAGAGGCAGCGGAGCGCGGGGGAAGCCGGCUGGGCGGCCGGCGGCUCGGGUUGGCCUCCCCUGUUGGGAUCCCCCCGGUGGAACCAUGCGGGUGGCCAAGUGGCUGACGGGGCUGCUCUACCAGCUCUCGCUCUUCAUCACCAGGUCUUGGGAAGUUCACUUCCACCCCAGGCAAGAAGCCCUGGUGAGGACACUGGCCUCCUACGAAGUGGUGACCCCCGCGCGGGUCAAUGAGUUCGGCGAAAUGUUCCCUCAGAGCCACCACUUCAGCCGGAGGAAGCGCAGCUCGGAGGCGCUGGAGCCCACGCCAUUCAGGACCCACUACCGCAUCAGCGCCUACGGGCAGCUCUUCCAGCUGAACCUGAGCGCCGACGCGGCCUUUCUGGCCGCCGGCUACACCGAGGUGCACUUGGGGGCCCCCGCGCGCGGGGCAGAGGAGCGCAGCACGGCGCCCCCAGACCUGCGCCACUGCUUCUACCGCGGCCAGGUCAACGCUCGGGAGGAUCACACAGCCGUCUUCAGCCUCUGUGGAGGCCUGAUGGGAACAUUUAAAGCACAUGAUGGUGAAUAUUUCUUAGAACCCAUAAUGAAGGCAGAUGGGAGUGAACAUGAAGAUGAUCAUAACAAGCCACAUCUUAUAUACAGACAGGAAUUAAAGAGGAACUAUUUUCUGCAGUCUCACAAGCCUUGUGAAGUUUCAGAUAGUCAAAUAAAGAAAACCACUCUACCUUUUCACAACUACAGCAACAUGAAUGAAGAUCUUAAUAUGGAGAAGAAAAUAGUUUUAGGAUAUCCUUCAAAAAAUAUAUCAUUGGAAGAUGAAAGAAGUCAAUUACAUUCCAGGAGAAAACGUUUUUUAUCAUAUCCAAGAUACGUGGAAGUUAUGGUUACGGCUGAUGCUAAAAUGGUUCAUCAUCAUGGACAGAAUUUGCAGCACUAUGUACUAACUCUGAUGUCGAUUGUUGCAGCAAUCUACAAGGACUCAAGUAUUGGAAAUCUUAUAAACAUAGUAAUUGUAAAAUUAGUUGUAAUUCACAAUGAACAGGAAGGACCAGUCAUCAGUUUUAAUGCAGCUACCACAUUACGUAACUUUUGUUUAUGGCAACAAACUCAGAAUGUUCUUGACGAUGCUCACCCUUCCCACCAUGAUACUGCUGUUCUUAUCACAAGGGAAGACAUUUGUGGAGCUAGAGAGAAAUGUGACACAUUAGGUUUAGCAGAAUUAGGUACUCUAUGUGAUCCUCUACGGAGCUGCUCUAUUAGUGAAGAAAAUGGACUCAGUGCCGCCUUUACCAUAGCCCACGAGCUUGGGCACGUAUUUAAUGUUCCACAUGAUGAUAGUUUUAAAUGUAAGGAAACUGGAAUUAAACAUCAGUAUCAUGUAAUGGCUCCUACUUUAAAUUACCAGACAAGUCCUUGGACCUGGUCAAAAUGUAGUCAGAAAUAUAUCACCGAAUUCCUAGAUACUGGUCACGGGGAAUGCCUCCUUGACAAACCAAAUGGAAGAACAUAUGAUCUGUCUUCACAACUUCCUGGAUUGAUGUAUGAUGUGAACAAGCAAUGUGAGCUUAUGUUUGGUCCUGGGUCACAAGUGUGUCCCUAUUUGAAACAAUGCAGGCGUCUGUGGUGCACGAGUGCAGAAGGAGUUCACAAGGGCUGUCGCACUCAACACAUGCCACUGGCAGAUGGAACAAACUGUGGUCCUGGGAUGCAUUGCCACCAUGGGCUAUGUGUAAACAAAGACAUGGAAACACGUCCUGUAGAUGGCGAAUGGGGACCAUGGGGACCUUACAGUUCUUGUUCAAGAACAUGUGGAGGUGGAAUCAAAAGCACAACCAGGCUCUGUAAUCGCCCCGAGCCAAGAAACGGAGGAAAGUACUGUGUGGGCCGCAGGAUGAAAUUUCGAUCAUGUAAUACUGAUUCAUGUCCAAAAGGCAAGCAAGACUUUCGUGAGAAGCAGUGCUCUGAUUUUGAUGGUAAACAUUUCAACAUCAAUGGUCUUUCCCCAAAUGUGAGGUGGCUUCCAAAGUACAGUGGGAUUGCCAUGAAAGAUCGCUGUAAACUCUAUUGUCGGGUUGCCGGAACCACUAACUUCUACCAACUGAAGGAUCGAGUUGCCGAUGGCACUCCUUGUGGAACUGAAACGAAUGACAUCUGUGUUCAAGGCCUGUGUCGACAAGCUGGCUGUGAUCAUGUGUUGAACUCCAAGGCCAGGAGAGACAAAUGUGGAGUGUGUGGUGGGGAUAACUCGUCAUGCAGGACAAUGGCGGGUGUCUUCAAUAGUGCUCAUUACGGUUAUAAUGUUGUUGUAAAGAUUCCCACAGGAGCAACAAACAUUGAUAUUCUUCAGCACAGCUAUUCUGGAAAACCCGAAGAUGACAAUUACCUUGCAUUAUCUGACACUCAAGGGAAUUUUCUUUUGAAUGGGAAUUUUGUUGUAAGUAUGUCGAAAAAAGAAAUCAACAUACAAGGAGCUAUUUUUGAGUACAGUGGUUCAAACAACUCAAUUGAAAGAAUUAACAGUACUGAUCGGUUGGAAGAAGAACUAGUUUUGCAGGUUUUGUGUGUGGGUAAUUUAUACAACCCUGAUGUACGUUAUUCCUUCAAUAUCCCUGUGGAAGAGAAGAGCGACCUGUUCACAUGGGAUCCGUAUGGACCAUGGCAAGACUGUACCAAAAUGUGUCAAGGUCUUCAUAGAAGAAAAAUUACUUGCAUACGUACAAGUGAUCAUAUGGUGGUGUCCGAUCAAAGAUGUGACCACUUACCACUUCCAUUGUUUGUGACUGAAAGGUGCAAUACGGACUGUGAACUAAGGUGGCACAUCAUUGGCAAAAGUGAGUGUUCAUCCCAUUGUGGUCAAGGAUAUAAAUCAUUGGACGUCCACUGCAUGAAGUAUUCCAUUCAUAAAGGACAGACUGUUCCAGUAGAUGACCACUACUGUGGUGACCAGCUGAAACCUCCUACCAGAGAACCCUGCCAUGGUGACUGUGUCUUAACCAGUUGGCAUUAUUCGGAAUGGUCCCAGUGUUCCAGGAGUUGUGGAGGAGGGGAAAGGUCUCGAGAAUCUUAUUGUAUAAAUAACUUGGGCCACCGUCUUGCUGAUAGAGAAUGCCAAGAGCUUCUGAGAGUGACGAUAGAGAAUUGCAAUGAAUUUUCCUGUCCCAGUUGGGCUACCAGUGAGUGGAGUGAGUGUCUUGUCACAUGCGGAAAAGGAACAAAGCAGCGGCAGGUGUGGUGUCAACUGAAUGAAGAUCCCUUGAGUGAUGGCUUCUGUGAUCCAAGUACCAAACCUGAAUCUCUGAGACCAUGUGAGCUUCAUACGUGCGCUUCCUGGCAAGUAGGACCGUGGGGUUCUUGCACAGCCACAUGUGGACAUGGGUAUCAGAUGCGUGCUGUUAAAUGCAUCAAUGAACUAAUUAGUGCAGUGUUAGAUGACAGAGUGUGCCAUGGAGCUAGUCGCCCAAGUGACAGGCAGGACUGUAUAGUUACACCUUGCCCAAUUAUCCCUAAAAUUGGAGCCACUUCAUUACCAGCUCUUCCCAAGAUGGCACAAUGGCGACAUGGUUCUUGGACCCCAUGCUCCGUGUCUUGUGGAAGAGGUAACCAAGCCCGCUACGUAAGCUGUCGCGAUGCUCAUGAUGGAAUAGCCCAUGAAUCCUAUUGUGCCCAUUUACCUCGGCCUGCUGAAAUAUCUGUCUGUUUUAGCCCUUGUGGCGAGUGGCAAACAGGGAAUUGGUCCCCUUGUUCAGCUACCUGUGGCCAUGGAAAAACAACUCGACAAGUUUUAUGCAUCAACUACCAUCAGCCAAUUAAUGAGAAUUACUGUGACCCUGAAGUUCGCCCUUUGAUAGAACAAGAAUGUAAUCUGGCAGCCUGCCCGCCCGCGUAUAGCCACUUUCCGAGUUCCUCUGAGCAGCCAAACCAUUUUCCAGGCAGGAAUUUUCCACUAACUCACAAACCAGAAGAUAAUCAAAAUCAGGGGGUCCAUCCAUCAAUCAGAGGAAACCAAUGGAGAACAGGACCAUGGGGAACAUGCUCCACCAGUUGUGCUGGAGGUGUUCAGCGUCGAGUUGUGGUCUGCCAGGACGAAAAUGGACAGAGCGCCAGUUACUGUGAUGCGGCCUCCAAGCCUCCAGAGUCAAAGCACUGCGAUGCGGGACCUUGUCCACGGUGGAACUACGGAAGCUGGGGAGAAUGUACACAAACAUGUGGAGGAGGAAUAAAAUCAAGAUUCGUAAUAUGUCAAUUUCCCAAUGGCCAAAGGUCACAAGAGCAAAACUGUGAAAUCUUAAACAAGCCACCUAGUGUGGUCCAAUGUCACGUGCAUGCUUGCCCUGAUGGCGUAUCAUGGCAUCGGGGACCAUGGAAAUCGUGCUCAGCUUCUUGUGGUAAAGGUUUAAAAUACCGUGAGGUGCUUUGCGUUGACCGAUUCCAAGGGAAAUUAGAAGAAAAAUAUUGCAGUCAUCUGCAGAAACCUCGAACUCACAAAGCUUGUAGAUCUGUCAGAUGCCCUUCAUGGAAAGCCAAUAGAUGGAAGGAGUGCUCUGUGACCUGCGGCUCUGGAGUUCAGAGAAGGGAUGUGUACUGCAGGCUGAGAGGCGUUGGUCGAGUGGCUGAAGAAAAUUGUGAUGGGUCCACCCGGCCUUCUUUUCAGAGGCAGUGUUGGCGUCAGGACUGCAUACAGUACCAGUGGGUGGCAGGAGAGUGGCUGGAUUGUUCAACAUCAUGUAAGAAAAAAGAGACACAUCGGCCAUUGAAGUGCGUUGAUGCACAAAACAUGCAAGUGAAUGAAAGUUUCUGUGAUCCUUCAACCAGACCUCCUGCCAUCAAAAAGUGCAGGAACCCUCCCUGCAAGUACAUUGUGGUAACAGGAGACUCAUCACAGUGUGCAAGUAACUGUGGAUUUAGUCACCGACAAAGGAUUACAUAUUGCACUGGAAUCUGGUCUACUGAGAAAUAUAAACUCCACCAGCUUUGGCCUGUGGACUAUCGAGAAUGCCCUGUGCUGCCUUCCCCUCAGGUUUACAAAUGCAAUUUUAGGAGCUGUUUGCAUAUGGCCACUUGGAGAGUUGGAAAAUGGAGCAAGUGCUCAGUGACUUGUGGAGUUGGGGUAAUGGAGAGAAGAGUGGAAUGCAUGGCCGAAAAUGGUUGGUCCAGUGACUUAUGUUUAAAGCACUUAAAACCAGACGCUCAAAGGAAAUGUUAUGUUAAUGACUGUAAAACAUUUACUAGCUGCAAAGAAAUCCAAGUGAAAAACAACAUUACCAGGGAUGGUGACUAUUACCUUAACAUUAAGGGAAGAAUAAUCAAGAUCUAUUGUGCAGGCAUGUACUUGGAGAACCCCAAGGAAUAUAUAUCAUUGAUCAAAGGUGAAGAAGACAACUUUUCUGAAGUGUAUGGUUUUAGACUACAAAAUCCAUAUGAAUGUCCUUUUAAUGGAAGUAGGAGGCAAGACUGUCAGUGUAAAAAUGACUACCUGGCUGCUGGACACACCGUUUUCAGCAAAAUAAGAAUUGAUCUCACUUCCAUGCAAGUUAAAACUACAGACCUUCUUUUUGCUCAGACAAUAUUUGGAAAAGCAGUUCCAUUUGCCACAGCUGGAGAUUGCUACAGUGCUGCCAGAUGCCCACAGGGGCAGUUCAGCAUUAAUUUAGCAGGAACUGGGAUGAAGAUAUCCAGCACAGCGAAGUGGCUUGCUCAGGGGACUUAUGCCUCUGUCAUCAUACACAGAUCACAAGAUGGAACCAAAGUCUACGGCAGAUGUGGAGGCUUCUGUGGAAAGUGUGUUCCUCACAUGACUACUGGUCUUCCAAUUCAAGUAAUAUGAACAUUCAGAAGUGGGAGGUAUGUCCCACAGAGGAGAUAUCUCUGGAAUCUCAAAUAACUGGUGCUCGUUUCUUUAGUCUUCCCUUUCAAAGGUUUCCAUGUCCAACAUAUCUGUGCCUUUUUUUCAAGGUGCUCAUCAGGGAGUCAAGUCACUGCUUAAUUUUCUCAAGGCCUUCAAAUUAAUCUUAACAGAUAUAUGACUCUAAUCAGAAUCUUUUUAAAAGGACUUAAUAAUUUAUGGUAGGGUAUACAGGAAUAUUUGAAUGAAUUAUACAAAGAUAAUGUUGCUGUUAACAGCUUGGACUGGACCACAAUUAUGUUAUACCUAUAAACACAUUUGUAAAUCUCUACCGUAUCCUACUGUACAGUGAAAUGUUUAUUCUACUUCCUGUUAAAAUGGAACAAGUUAAAAUUAGGAAAAUGAA